UUCGAGUAAGUUGCUGGCUUUCGACUUUACUCGCUUUACUUAAACCUUGUUUUCAGGGUUAAGAGUCCCUUCAACCCACCUCUCCCCUCACCCUCACAUCUUGCACUUGUUUGCAUCGAGGUGGUGUUUCUGACGACACACGCACGCGUUUGGGUUACCCAUACCACCAAAAAAAUGAUGCCACGAUUGUUGGACGAUCAUCGUCCACUGUCUCGCAAUCCAGAUUUACAUCAACCUACUGCAAAGAAUGCUACCCAGGGUCAGCUUGCUGCACUUUUACACGGCAAAGUAGACUAUGAUUUAUUUGACGGUAGUGGAACUUCUGAAGGCGGCUUCUUCCAGGAUCGAUCCAGCAGUGCUCCACCCAACAACGAAGUUCUUCCUCAACCUACGGAAGCAGAAAAGCCGCGUGUAUCGGACCAUCCUGGCAGACCAUGGCAAUUGUGGGAGAAUACGAAUAGUCCAGGCUUCUCUCGUGCACACAAUCAGACGGUUGGAUUCGAGCAGAUACCCAAUGGUUCAACCCCACGCCAAGUGAAAAACCAUCACGUUGACAUGAUGCACAAGGAUUACACGCGAACAUCUUCUCCGAUGUAUAACGGCAUCCAGCGCAUGCGACCAGAGGCGCGUGAUCCGGUUUCUGGUGGUUAUGAUAGUCCAUACGGACACACCGACCAAGACGAUAGUCAGCUAUCGUCGGUGUUGCAAAUGUCCAUGGAUGAUCACAAGCUGGGCCAACAACGUCCUCACCGUGCAGUGUCGCCUUCGAUCAUGAACAAAUUCAUCAAUUCCUCGGCGCUUCCUCCACGAGCGAACUCGACUCCACCUGGUCAUAAUGAUAUGGACUUGUAUGGUACCCGGUACAACCUCGAUCCAACUGAUUCGAUGGUUAAUCAACUGAGCGCCAUGGGAUUAAAUGAUGGUGGCGUGUAUGGAGCAUCAAACCAAGCCCAGCAGUAUUGGCAAGCGCUCCAACUUCAACAACAGCCAUACUUGGAUAGCCCAUAUUAUGAUGCAGCAACUACUACUGCCCAACAACGAACAUCCCAAGUACCUCUUUUGCCUUCGAACCUGGAUCUCUCCGGCGAGCAUUUUAACGACAAUGGCUCUGACGGCUUGCUGAAUCGGUAUGGUGCUAGCAGACAGUACGAAGAGUAUGGUACUAGUGGCGGUUUUGAAAUGAUGGAUCAUCACAACCAUCAAGUCGACGAACAACAGUUGCAUGCUCUUGAACAACUGCAGCAGCAUCAACGGCGGCUUCUCAUCCAACAACAACAGCAACAACACCAGAAGCAUCAGCAGCAGCGACUCUUGGCUGCGCGACAGCAGCAAUUGUUGCUGCAGCAGCAUGUGCAAAGCAGCGACUCUCCUAGGUUACGUGGAUUGCAGGAGAACGCUGCUGCUAUGCGAUCGCCCAGGGCAACGCAAGAUUUGGCAUUGAGUAUCCAGAGUCGGUUAUUGACUGAAUUCCGAAAUUCAAAGAACAAGAAAUACGAGCUCAAGGACAUUACCGAUCAUAUUGUCGAAUUUAGUGGAGAUCAGCAUGGAUCUCGGUUCAUCCAACAAAAGCUGGAAACAGCAAACAGUGACGAAAAACAAAUGGUGUUUGAAGAAGUUUUGCAGAAUGCGCUCCAGUUGAUGACGGAUGUGUUUGGCAACUAUGUAUUGCAAAAGUUCUUUGAACACGGUAACCAAGCCCAAAAGACGAUCCUGGCAAAGCAGAUGGAGGGUCAUAUUGUGUCGCUAUCGCUGCAAAUGUACGGGUGCCGUGUAGUCCAAAAAGCCUUGGAGCAUGUCCUCACCGAUCAACAAGCUCGAUUGGUCGGCGAGUUGGACGGUUGCGUGCUCAAAUGUAUUAAGGAUCAAAACGGGAACCAUGUCAUUCAAAAGGCGAUCGAACGCGUGCCGGCCAAGCAUAUCCAGUUUAUUAUUGAUGCGUUCCAUGACCAAGUCUAUAACCUCGCAACACAUCCUUAUGGCUGCAGAGUGAUCCAGCGUAUGUUCGAACAUUGUACCGAAGUUCAGACGGAUCCCUUGUUGGAUGAACUUCAUCGAUGCACCCACCAGCUUGUUCAAGACCAAUAUGGAAAUUAUGUUAUUCAACAUGUCUUGGAACGUGGUCGUCCUGCGGACAAGUCUGUCAUUAUCGACAAGAUUCGUGGCCAAGUUCUCCAACUGAGCAAGCAUAAAUUUGCUAGCAAUGUCGUUGAAAAGUGCGUUGAUUAUGGUUCCAAGAAAGAGCGCCAAGAACUUAUUGAAGAAGUCCUGCAAACCAGAUCUGAUGGUUCUUGUCCUUUGGUUAUCAUGAUGAAGGAUCAAUACGCUAAUUACGUUGUACAAAAAAUGCUGGACGUGGUGGACGAAGAGCAACGUGUGCUCCUCGUCACCACAAUCAAGCCCCAUCUUCAAUCUCUCAAGAAAUUUACUUAUGGCCGUCACUUGCUCUUGAAGGUCGAAAAACUGUUUCAGCUUGUCAACAUCGAUCUAACUGAUGCUGCCGAUGGAUAUCGCACGGAUGAUCUAGUCGAUGAGGACAAGAAACUCGCUACUACGAUUACUACGGCAUCAGCAGUAGCAGCAGCAGGCGCCACUAUCCCAGAUGUCCAAUAACAGUAGUAUCUGUAAAAAGAAAAAAAAAACACACUCUCUUCCCUCCCUGUUUUAUCAAACUGUACAAGUCCCGGCCUACCUUUGUCUUUUUUGUAUAUCUUCCCCAUCUUCUUUCAACCUUUCGUAUAUCACAUGUUUCUUAGAUCGGCAAAUCCUUCCUUGGCAAAGGGUUUAUUUUGUACAAGAGUCCGACCGCUAUUGUUAUAAUUCUUGAGAACCAACUUUUGGUCUCGAUGUACAUGCAACCUUACUUUUUCUUUCUGACUUUCUCCCCAACAGAUCUUACCCCCCUUUUUUCCUUAUCUUCUCUGUGAUUAUACAUCAUCUGUCUUGUAUCUUUCUUUCCCUUUCCUUUUGUAUAUCCAUCAUACAUAAAUCAAACC